CCUCCUUCACUCACUGAAAGACCGUGUUCUCAACAACGAGCAGUGUCAUGAUGAUGGUGCUGUGGAUUACUUUGCUCUUUCUUCAUCAAGGAUAUUCUUUGGUUCCAAUGAAAAUCGUUCAGCUUGGUGAACCAGCAACGUUAACAUGUGCUUUACCCAGCAAUAAAGAGCUCAGCACUUUGGAAGUCCACUGGUACAAGCAGAGUAUCGGGGAUGAGCUCAAACUGAUUUCAACACUGUAUGGAACUACACCACCUCAGUAUGGUCAAGAAAUAUUUAGAUCAAGAUAUGACGCAUGUAAUAAAAAAACAUUUAGCAAUCUGACCAUUUUGAAGACAGUCCAAGAGGAUGAAGGAAUCUAUCACUGUGGAAUCAUUGAAUGGCUUAAUCCUGAAUGGAGUGGGACAUAUUUGUUAGUAAAAGGAAACACUCAGAGGGCAUCAAACUAUACUGUCGUUCAGUGGCCAGCUGUAUCAGAUCCAGUCAAUCCAGCAGACACAACAGCUCUCCAGUGUUCAGUUUUCUCUGACUCUGACAACAACACAUAUGCACGGGAUCGUGAUAUGUUCUGGUUCAGAGCUGGUUCAGACAAAUCUCAUCCUAGCAUCAUCUACACUGGCAGAAAGAGAAGCAAUGAAUGUGAAAAACCAUCUGACCUUCAGAAUAGCUGUGUUUAUCGCUUCUCUAAGAACAUCAGCUCCUCUGAUGAAGGGACUUACUAUUGUGCUGUGGCCACAUGUGGGGAGAUAUUAUUUGGAAAUGGAACCGAUCUGAAAGCUGUGGAAAAAACACAGUCGGCAUUUAUUCAACUGGCCUUAAUAAUAGUGUGUUUGGUCAUUUCUGUCACUGGAAAUGUUUUCCUCAUCUGCAACCAAAGAAUACAAAAUAAAGAGCUGCAGUAUAAGGAUGAAAGAGCCACGUGUGGCUCUGGAGCCGAGGGUUGCAGACCCCUGGGCUAG